AUGGGCAUGGAAUUUGUCUUUAUAAAUGUCAAGGAGCCGAAGGACGCUCUUCAGCUCGCUAAGGAACCUGAAAUUCGAUCCCACGUGGCUCGGUACCAGUGGAAGAAAGUCGAGAGUCGCCCGUCUCUCAAGCGAAAAAGAAAUGCGGUGCUGUCGUUCUGCAUGGACAUAAGCUGUUAUUCAUCCUGGCAACCACGAAGUGAUUCCGAGGACGACUCUCCCGACGGUUUAGAUGGGCCCUCCACCGUCUCCAUCCCUCUGCAGUUAGGGGGACUGCGAGACGACCCUUUUCGGUCCUAUCCAGCCAGCUUCAAGCCGUUCAUGCCGGUCCUCGUGGAUCACUACCUGAUGCAUAUGGCCGUGGACAUCCCCGAGCUCGAUCAACCAGGGAACAAAGGCCUUCUGAGAACCAGCUGGUUCCCUUUGGUGAUGACAAAUCGCGCCCUCUUCCUGGUCAUCAUGCUACUCGCAGCAUCCCAUUAUGCGUCUGUGAGCGAGCACACCGCAGGCAUGAAAUUGGACCUUCUUAAUCUUCGCUGUAAGGCGGUCCAAGCCAUCAACGAUGCCUUGAAGUAUCAACCACCGGACCGGGUCGAUGAUGCGCUGGUAGGUGCGAUAGCGAAGAUGGGAAGUUAUGAAGCGAUGUACGGGGACAUGGGGAGUUAUAGCGUGCACAUGAGAGGACUCACCCGAGCAGUUGGGUUGCGAGGCGGUCUAUCAGCGCUUGGUCUGAAUGGAUUGCUCCGACGGAUAGUGGUCUGGAUCGACCGCAACGCUGCCUUCCUGCACGGAUCGGCGCUCUAUUAUCCUGGCGCUACCUUUGCGCCGGGUCAGGCUCCCGAGCCCAAUCCUGGUCAUUUUCUUGCAUCUUCGUGA